AUGUAGUAAACUUUCAGGAACAUAAUUCACUUGUUGAAGUUAUCCAGGUAUUGUACUAAUUCAUCAACAGCUACUGAUACUACUCCUUGUGUAUAAAGAAAAUGUUCAGAUAAUACAUAAGCAACUGAUAAUGCUACAUGUGCUUCAUUCUUACCUAAAUGUAUCAGUAAUGGAAAAGGUUGUGUUGAUUAAAUUAAUCCAUGUGCAUCUAUGAAAGGAAAUUAAGAAAAUUUAAUAAGAUAUUUGCUUAUAAGACCUGAUCUAUUGAUAAAUUUACAACUAAUUAAUGUUACACUGUUCAACAGCCACUGAAAAUGAUUAUUGUAAAAUCAAAACUUGCAAAUUAGCAGAAAACUAAAAUGAUGGUUCGUGUGAUUCAUUAUUAAAUGGAUAUUUCUAAAAUGGAAAUGGAAGGUGUAUUGAGGCAAAUGCUAAUGACACAACUUGAACAAGUUAUAAAGGUGUUUUGGCCUUUUGUGAAUCUGCUGUUGUUAGAAGUAAUAGUUCUAAAUAUUGUUUUAGAAGAUCUACAUCAGCUAAAUCUACUCUUUAAGCUUGUACAGAUAAUACAACAGCAAUAAAAUUGAAAAUUGUGAGGAUUUCAAGGUAGAAUGUAUAGUUAAAUCUGAAGAAGGACGUGUCAGGAAAUCAAAAUCUUGUUCUUAAUAAUCAGGAACUGUUACGUUUUGCCCUAACUUCAGUGGUGAUUUAAAAUUCUCUUCAAUUUGGACUAAAGUUAAAUGCACAAAAUAUUAUGCUUACUAAGUUAGAUUUUGCUCUAAUAACAUAAGUCCUUAAUCAGCUAAAGAUUGCCUUGAUCAUAAAUCUACUUGUAGAUUUUUAAGGCUGGAUCUGCAUACAUUGAUGCAACAGCUUGUAGUAGUUAUAGUCUACCAGAUACUGCAAUUACUGAUUAAGAAACGUUUGAUUAUUUUACAAGUAUCAAAGAUAACGUUGAGUUAUUAUUUGGUUAUACAUCAGGAGCUACUAAAUUUUCAGCUAGAACUUGUGAAUAAUUCUUAAGCAAAUAUACAUCAUUAUUAUGCACUACUUAUUUAUAGAAGAAUAUCUCUACUUCUACUGAUGAUGCAUAUAAAUUAGCAGGAACCAUAUAUUAUAUAUCAAAUAAAGUAGACUGUGUAUAUGGUUAUGCUUCUACUGAUAUUAGUGAUAUUCUUAAAUAAGCUCAAUGUAGAAGGUUUAUAAAUGAAAAGGACUUGCAGGUACAUUGAAAACAGGUAAAACUAAAUGCAGUUUAUAAGAUAGUUGCAAAAUUAAUUAUUCAAACAGAUUUAAGGACGUGUACCGAUUCAACUCUUUUGGCAAGUAAAGGAGAAUGUUAAAAAGUAACAGAUUCAAAUUGUCUCACUAUAUCAGAAACUUGUAGUGA